AGUCUGCUCGCAUUUCCUUCUGCUCAGCACAACAAUACCUUGCACUCCUAGCCUCAAAAUCUCCUUUCUUUCUCAAAAUUCUUUCUCGAAGUAUUGUCCCUCUGACUUUAGAGUAUAACAGUAUGAUCAGUCCAAAGAAGCUCAUCAAAAUGGCAAGGAAGUGGCAGAGGGUAGCUGCCAUUGGAAGGAAAAGGAUCUCAUUGCAAAGCAGCAAAAGGGAUCUGGAUGCUGAGUGCUGCAGUACAUCAUGGAUGGCCGAUAAGGGGCAUUUUGCUGUUUACAGUUCUGAUAGGAGACGCUAUGCGAUCCCCUUGGCAUAUCUUAACACUGAAAUCUUCAGAGAGCUUUUACAAAUGUCUGAGGAGGAGUUUGGGAUACAAACUGAUGGCCCCAUCAUACUGCCAUGUGAUUCAAUUUUUACAGACUACAUAAUCUCAUGCAUCCAACGUGGCGUUGCUAAAGAUUUGGAGAGAGCUUUGGUUAUGUCUAUAGCUUCCAGCAACUGUUCAUCUUCCUCACACUUCCUUCAUGGACAGAAUAAUGAACAACUACUACUAUGUGCCUUCUGAAGCAAUUAGGCUCAAAUUUUGUAAAUCAUCUGCACAAUUUUAAUUUCAUAUAUAUGUCAAGAUAUUUUUCUGAGGAUUUUUACAAGUCCAUUAUUGCUUUAAUGCAUCUA